AUGGACGUCUCAGCUUUCGAAGAGGACACGGGAGAUGUGGAUGCAUCUGCUGUGCCGCAGCGUAUGACUGAGCAUCUCAGCCCGACACUCGCCGCCGCAGUCGCGAUCGUGGCGCAUAUCGUUCGACUGGCCAUCCUGGUCCUUGCUUUGUUCGCCUGCGUCGUUCUGUACUGCUUCACCGUCUCAUGGCUUGUACAUCUCUGGCUGCAAACCUCACUCCUGGCCUUUACCGCUGAGCUCCUUCGCUCGUGCAUUGGCGAUGAGGCUGCUAUCACAGGAGCUUCCCUGCAUGCACAGCGCAGAGUCCCACUGCCCAGCGAACAAUGGCUGGAGGAACCAGAACCCGAGCCUCUGCUGGACUCUGCAGAGGCAGGCGGCAGCAGUAUUGAGGAGUCAGCGAAGGUUGGAAUGGUCGGGAAAGCAGCCGCUACGCUCGAGCGCCAUGGUGGAACUCACGACAAGUCUGUCGAGCAUGUUCCCGAUGCAUCUGGACCGCCCGCCAACAGUCGCGAGCCCGAGCCGAUCCACCGACAAGAGCCUUCGAGCAGCAUAGCUGAAGCUCAAAAGCUUCGCGUUUCCACCUUGCAUACCUCCAACACCGCAGCGUUGUGUGGCGGAGCAGUUCAGAAAGCCCUUGUGAGCGACAAGAAGAAAUUCGUGGCAAAAGAAAAUGCAGUACCCCAGAAAAUACUUCCGGGCCCCAGACCAGUGCUCACUGAUCAAGAGAAAAAAGCUGCCGCCCAGACAUCCUUCAUUGAGAACAUGAAGGCUGGCAUGCUGAAUAGAGCGUUCCAGCCAUCUGUUGAAGUAAGUCGGUCACUCGCGACGAACGAGGCAACAGCUGCACGGAACAAUGCAUUCAAUUUCACCGCCGAGCAGCUGGCUGAAGCCUCAAGCUUCAUGUCAACGGCAUCUCGGGACUACAAGUCGAAAGCCUCGACUGGUCGUGGUGGCCCGAGGAGUGCCAAACCACACGUAAGCGACAUUCGACGCUUCCAACCUAACAGGCAUGUUGCCCAGCCCCCAAAGCCUGUCCCAGCUGGUAUGGCAUCGGUGUCAAAUCCUCCAGACUAUGUCCCUCCGCAUGUCAGAAAGUCCUUGCAGGCGAAGGCUUGUCGAGCAGCACCGCAAGACCUGCUGCAAGUGACUAAUGAUGGCAAGCCAGUGGAUAUGACACAGAAACCUGAAAAUUCCGACGGAGAUGAUGCUUCUGGAUGCGGAGCGAGCUCGAUACCCGAAGAGGCUGACAACAUGGUCACUGAUGAGCAUAAUGAGAUUCAUUACGAAGUUGAUGAGGAGCGCAAAGCUGGGUUGAUCUCUGAGAUCAACGAGUCUACUGUAAACGAGCCCGCCGAUACAUUCAACCCAAACCAGGAGACUGCAACUGUAUUCCAUCAGCCUUUUAUUGAGCCGGAGCACGAGGCUGUUUUCUCUCGAAAGCAGCCUUCACACCCCGAGCGCCUAAGCUUCUACGACAGCACUCCGGAGCUGAUACAACCUGCUAGUCGCGCCAUGACCGCAACUGCUCUGAAAGCCUUCCAAACAACCUCAUCCAGAGCUGUUGACGAUCGGAUCGACAAUGCUAGAAGCAUCAUCGAAGGUCUUGGGCCCGAGAAGACAUCUCCUAUGCUAUCAACGACGUCCUACGAGUGUCCAACCCGCGAAAAUGGGCAAGAACUACCACGGCCAACAAUUUCAAUCAGUAGGCCAUCCGAGGAAGAUUUCCUUGCACAAGAUCUUGGAAGUGAUGUCGUUGAAGCCGAGGGUUGGACCGGCUCAGACCAGAGUGGUAAAGAGCAUCAUGCAGACAUGGACGUGCUAUGGGCAUCAGAUCUCGAGGCUGCCCUUUUGGCAUCGUGCUCCGACAACAGCCGUCCACAACCGUUGUCGUCAAUACGAGACGAAAAUGCCAUGCAAGAGCAGACUAGCAUGCAGUCAAGGGAUGACGCGGUGAGACGCGCUGUCAAGGUAAUUCAGGAACAGGCUGAUGUCAACAUGAUUGCUGAGAAAGAACCUCCUGGCAUCACGCUCUCGCCCCAGUAUCCUCCGGUCGAGCUUCGCCCGGAUGAAAUUUCAACGUCAGACGUCACCAGAGACUUGAUCGAUCUUGAUCUUGGCGGAGGCGCUUUGACGGAUUCUGUGCCCGGUGAAUCUUUCAGUGCUACGCCAUUGAGACCUAGCAUCGAUGCUCCGAAUUCCUCUACGCCCUCGUUUCCCUCUGCCCUGGAAUCGACGGAACAGGAGUCCAUCGGUCACGAGCGUUCAGUCGACGCUUCCGAUAUUCUCGAGCCCCCUGAGCCUCAUGCCCAGAAAGAUCCUCCCCUGUUGCCGUCAACGAGCAGUGCCAUCGGUUUCACAGCACCAACCAAACCUCCAGGCCUUCAGAACGCUCGACUUGUAAACCUCGAUGCGUUCGAUGAUUUGCUCUCCAAAGGAUUUGCAUCUCAGCUCGAAGUCAUCGAGGAUGACGGCGACCAGGCAUCUCUGUCGGCUGGCGGUCCAGUGCAAGACAUCGAAGAUCAUGUGCCUGCAAAUAUCGCGACGAAUGGAUCAAUCGGCGUUCUCGAUGGUAGCAAGCGACGAGCUAGGGAGAGGAGGAGGCUUGCACGAGACAAGCUCAAAGAGGCUUGGCUCGAGAGAGAGGAAGCGCGCACAAGAGUUGUUGGCACCUGGUCUCUUGGUGGAAUGCAGCAGCUCGAAGAUGCAACUCGCCUUUACCACGAGGCACGAUCUGCACUGGCGACGCUCAUGCCUAGCGGUCACUUAAAUGAGGAGGAUUUCCAGAGCUUUCCAGCAUUCACGACUUCGGCAUUAGCUGCACCAAAGGUCCGUCCCUCAGGCAUGCAGGAGAUCAAGUCCCGCAGGAAGGCGAACGAGAGCAACACAUCAAGCUCUCAUGAAAAGGACAGCGAGUCAUCUUCAGAGCUUGAUGGCUUGAAGGAUAAUAUGAUGGCUGCACGCAAGCUGCGCGAGGACGCCAUUGCUUUCCAGCGCUCGCGUCGACCAAACACCAACAUCGCUUUCCAUACCUGGAAGGAUACCGCUGGUGGAAAGCUCAAGCGCGCGAACCUGUACUAUAAUUCCAAGAGACAGGCUUUGGCGGCUGCUUUCCCGAAUGGUGCCCUGCCGGCAGAGCUGGAGGCACAAUUUCCAGAGAUUCCUUGA